CAUGCGCAAGUCCGGGGCCGGGGCCGCCGCCGCGGCAGCCCCUCAGCACCGCGAGGGGACCCAGGGGUGUCUUGGCCCCUCCGCGCCGCCGUCUUUUCCGGCAGUUGGGACGCUUCCUGUUGUCCCCGUUGACAACGGCUCCUCAGACCCCGACCUCGGAGCCCCCCUCGCACGUCCCCUCGGUCCUCCGGCGGGCCGGCGGCUGCCGCUGGAUCUUCGUCCGCCCGCACGUCGAGAGGGCUGCGGGCCGCGCCACGCCCCGGGCUCGGAAGCCAUGGCCAUGACAGGUUCAACACCAUGUUCAUCCAUGAGUAACCACACAAAAGAAAGAGUGACGAUGACCAAAGUAACAUUGGAGAAUUUUUAUAGCAAUCUUAUUGCCCAACAUGAAGAACGAGAAAUGAGACAAAAGAAGUUAGAGAAAGUGAUGGAAGAAGAAGGCCUAAAAGAUGAAGAGAAGCGACUCAGGAGAUCAGCACAUGCUCGGAAGGAAACAGAGUUUCUUCGUUUGAAGAGAACAAGACUUGGAUUGGAAGAUUUUGAAUCCUUAAAAGUCAUAGGCAGAGGAGCAUUUGGUGAGGUGCGGCUUGUUCAGAAGAAAGAUACAGGGCAUGUGUAUGCAAUGAAAAUCCUUCGUAAAGCAGAUAUGCUUGAAAAAGAACAGGUUGGCCACAUUCGUGCGGAGCGUGACAUUCUAGUGGAGGCAGACAGUUUGUGGGUUGUGAAAAUGUUCUAUAGUUUUCAGGAUAAGCUAAACCUCUACCUAAUCAUGGAGUUCCUGCCUGGAGGAGACAUGAUGACCUUGUUGAUGAAAAAAGAUACCCUGACUGAAGAGGAGACUCAGUUUUAUAUAGCAGAAACAGUACUAGCCAUAGACUCUAUUCACCAACUUGGAUUCAUCCACAGAGACAUCAAACCAGACAACCUUCUCUUGGACAGCAAGGGCCAUGUGAAACUUUCUGACUUUGGCCUUUGCACGGGUCUGAAAAAAGCACAUAGGACAGAAUUUUAUAGGAAUCUGAACCACAGCCUCCCCAGUGAUUUCACUUUUCAGAACAUGAACUCUAAAAGAAAAGCAGAAACCUGGAAAAGAAACAGACGUCAGCUGGCCUUCUCCACAGUAGGCACUCCUGACUACAUUGCUCCCGAGGUGUUCAUGCAGACCGGGUACAACAAGCUCUGUGAUUGGUGGUCCCUUGGCGUGAUCAUGUAUGAGAUGCUCAUCGGCUACCCACCUUUCUGUUCUGAGACCCCGCAAGAGACAUACAAGAAGGUGAUGAACUGGAAAGAAACUUUGACUUUUCCUCCAGAAGUUCCCAUCUCUGAGAAAGCCAAGGAUCUAAUUUUGAGAUUCUGCUGUGAAUGGGAACAUAGAAUCGGAGCCCCUGGAGUUGAGGAAAUCAAAAGUAAUGCUUUUUUUGAAGGUGUUGACUGGGAACAUAUCAGAGAGAGACCUGCUGCAAUAUCUAUUGAAAUCAAAAGCAUUGAUGAUACCUCAAACUUCGAUGAGUUUCCAGAGUCUGAUAUUCUUAAGCCAACAGUGGCCACCAGUAAUCACCCCGAGACUGACUACAAGAACAAAGACUGGGUCUUCAUCAAUUACACAUACAAGCGCUUCGAGGGUCUGACCGCUCGGGGGGCGAUUCCAUCCUACAUGAAAGCGGCAAAGUAGAGCGCGGUGGUGGGAUCCGAGACGGAGCAGAGUUCCUCGGCCAGCAUCACUGGCGGCUUGCCUCUCGCACCCUUUCAAAGAGCUUCUAAGCAGUUGACAGCACCUGUCAAUGUGUCAUAGCAAAGUUUCCUGAAAUGUGAUAAAGUGGAUUUUCUCCCAUAAUGCACCAGAAAACCGAUAGAACAAAGAACUAUCUCCUCUCCACAUCAUGGGCCAUAAACACCUUCUUUAGAAGCAUCAUGAGCCAAUUUGAUAGGUAUUUUCAAAAGAAUUUGAAUUCCCACAGUUCACCAGAAGGAAGGAGAGAAACAGCCAUCAUCCAGCAUUACCAAGAUUUUGUAAUGUGUACUCUGCCAAGUCCUCUGCCGUGGUGACACCACGCCCCCUGCCAAGCCCAUCGAGUAUUUCUUUCCUCUGUAUAGCUAAAAGUCCCAUAGUACUACAGGAAUACAGCAACAACCACAGUAUGUCAGCAGCCAACGUGAUCUCCGUCCUGAGGGGUGGUGAGGAGAGCGUCUUCCUGCACUCGGCCCUGGGAGCGGCUUUCCACAGCUUUCACUUACGGUGCACUUUAUUCAUGGUACUAGGACUCAUGAUUUAGCUCCUCUCUUCCACCCAUCCAAAAGCUUCUGCUGCUCUCCUGAGUGUUGAUGGUCUCCUCUUGCUCUCUGGAGGCCACUGGCACUGCUGCGUUAUGGAUCAUGCGCAAGCCCUCACUUCCUCUGUGUGGUGCAUCAGAUCCCAGGGUGGAUGCCACUGACCAGCAAUGCCUGAAAGCACUGCCGGCAGGAACUGUGUAUUCCUGGGGACACAGCCAGCAGCCCACAUGGAGGCUGGAGGCCUGGAGCCUCCUGGGAGGAGGUGGUGGACCCACCGCUUCCGGCAGAAAGGACACAGCCAGCUCCCUCCUCAUCCCUGGUGCAGCCGUGUUAAUGUCUUCUCUCGGUAUUUCUCCUCUUCCAACUGUCGCCAUUUUGCCUUGGAAUCAUGAGGACAAAUUUUCCCUUUGCUGAUGCCUUCCUGAGGGAUACUUGUCCCACCCAAGACUUGCCUGCAGCUAAGGCUGACCUGGCUUCUGUUGUGGCGUUCUCUUAUGAGACUGAAUUGUAGCACAAAGUGCCUUCUCUGUCACAGCCACAGCCACCAUUAGAGGACUUUUGCUGUGUCAUAAAAAUGUCAAGGGUUCCAUAUGAAUGCAUUAUUUCUUUUUGGUUUUGACAAUUCUUCAAGCAUCAUUUGCACCUGUGUGGUGACCGCCUGUUGCAGAUCAUGGCCACGCCACACCUGAGACUUGAGGUGGUGAAGGCCGCGCGUCCCAGCUCAGCCAUUCAGAAAGGAAAACGGAAUGUCAGUUACGGCGACACUGUCCUACUCUGGAUGGGAAUGUGAUGUGUCAGCCCCCUACUUUUUUAUUUGUAGCCUGUUAGUGUGAAGGAAGUAAAUGAGGUUCGUCUGUGUAACUCCUUAGUCUCUUCUAUUAUUGAAUAGUUGGGGUCUGUGUGAUGUGAGAAUGGGGAGUGCGGGGAGAAGUAACUGAAGGGAGUAGCGCUAGUCUAGUGGGGUGGCAGGGAAUGGUUUUAGGGUAAAUGACCACAUUUUAGCUGUUAAAACUUCUGAAUAAACUGUGAAAACAGCAGUGGAAAUCUGUGAUGUUUAAAACAAA